AUGGACUGCGCCGUCAUCUGCGGCUCCACCAAGGAAAACUGCUGUGAUAAAGUCUCUCUGGUCACUCCCCUCUGUAUCUCCCCUCGGUCUCUCCCCUCGGUCUUUCCCUUCGGUCUCUCCCCUCGGCCUCUCCCCUCGGCCUCUCACCUCUGUCUCUCACCUCGGUCUCUCCCUUCGGUCUCUCCCUUCGGUCUCUCCCCUCUGUCUCUCCCUUCGGUCUCUCCCCUCGGCCUCCCCCCUCGGUCUCUCCCCUCUGUCUCUCCCUUCGAUCUCUCCCCUCGGCCUCUCCCUUCGAUCUCUCCCCUCGGCCUCUCCCCUCGGUCUCUCCCCUCUGUCUCUCCCUUCGAUCUCUCCCCUCGGCCUCUCCCUUCGAUCUCUCCCCUCGGCCUCUCCCCUCGGCCUCCCCCCUCGGCCUCUCCCCUCGGCCUCCCCCCUCGGUCUCUCCCCUCGGUCUCCCCCCUUGGUCGCUCCCCUUUGUCUCUCCCUUCGGUCUCUCCCCUCGGUAUACCCCCUUGGUCUUUCCCCUCUGUCUCUCCCUUCGGUCUCUCCCCUCGGUCUCUCCCUUCGAUCUCUCCCCUCGGCCUCUCCCUUCGAUCUCUCCCCUCGGUCUCUCCCUUCGGUCUCUCCCCUCGGCCUCUCCCCUCGGCCUCCCCCCUCGGUCUCUCCCUUCGGUCUCUCCCCUCGGUCUCCCCCCUUGGUCGCUCCCCUUUGUCUCUCCCUUCGGUCUCUCCCCUCAGUCUCCCCCCUUGGUCUUUCCCCUCGGCCUCUCCCUUCGGUCUCUCCCCUCGGCCUCUCCCUUCGGUCUCUCCCCUCGGCCUCUCCCUUCGGUCUCUCCCCUCGGUCUCUCCCUUCGGUCUCUCCCCUCGGUCUCUCCCCUCUGUCUCUCCCUUCGAUCUCUCCCCUCGGCCUCUCCCUUCGAUCUCUCCCCUCGGCCUCUCCCCUCGGUCUCCCCUCUUGGUCUCUCCCCUCUGUCUCUCCCUUCGGCCUCUCCACUCGGCCUCUCCACUCGGCCUCUCCACUCGGCCUCUCCCUUCGGUCUCUCCCUUCGGUCUCUCCCUUCGGUCUCUCCCUUCGGUCUCUCCCUUCGGUCUCUCCCCUCGGUCUCUCCCCUCGGCCUCCCCCCUCGGUCUCUCCCCUCGGUCUCUCCCCUCGGUCUCUCCCCUCGGUCUCUCCCUUCGGCCUCUCCCCUCGGCCUCUCCCCUCGGCCUCUCCCCUCGGUCUCUCCCCUCGUUCUCUCCCCUCAGACUCUGCUUCUCACACUCCUUGCAUUGUUGCGUUCCAGGUUGCCGCAGAUAA